GGUCACCGCCGCCGCGGCACCGGGAAAACGUGGAGGCCAGGCUUACACCACUCCUCUGCGGCGGCGCUGAAGAGGCGGCGCCGGUGAAGGGGAUGCCGGAAUUGUCGAAGGCGUUCGAGGAGCUUACUGUGGAUAAUUGUACGUUCUCGCGGGCGCAGAUACGGGCUACAUUUUAUCCCAAAUUCGAGAACGAGAAAUCGCACCAGGAGAUUAGGACAAGAAUGAUAGAGAUGGUCGCUCAUGGCCAGGCUACCUUGGAGGUCUCACUCAAACACUCCGGAUCUCUAUUUAUGUAUGCAGGGCAUAAGGGGGGAGCAUAUGCCAAGAAUAGCUUUGGAAACGUAUAUACUGCAGUUGGUGUUUUUGUUCUGGGUCGGAUGUUUCACGAGGCUUGGGGUACUCAAGCAAGAAAAAAGCAGUCAGAGUUCAAUGAUUUUCUUGAGGAAAAUCGUAUAUGCAUAUCAACGGAAUUGGUUACUGCAGUUCUAGGAGAUCAUGGACAACGACCAAUUGAUGAUUAUGUUGUAGUAACAGCUGUGACUGAAUUGGGCAAUGGCAAACCAAGAUUUUACUCCACUCCUGAUUUGAUCGCAUUUUGCAGGAAGUGGCGCCUACCAACCAAUCAUGUCUGGUUGUUCUCUACAAGGAAAUCUGCCACUUCCUUUUUCGCUUCCUAUGAUGCGUUGUGUGAAGAGGGAACUGCCACACCUGUAUGUAAGGCACUUGAUGAAGUUGCUGACAUUUCUGUACCAGCAUCAAAGGAUCAUGUGAAGGUGCAGGGUGAGAUACUGGAAGGUCUUGUUGCUCGCAUUGUUAGCCAUGAUAGCUUGAAACAUAUGAAGAAGGUUUUGGAAGAUUUUCCUCCUCCACCUCUGGAUGGAUUGGGUCUUGAUUUGGGGCCAAGUUUGCGUGACAUAUGUGCCGCUAAUAGAUCUGAUGAAAAGCAGCAAAUAAAAGCGCUUCUUCAAAGUGCUGGGACUUCUAUAUGUCCAGACUUUGCUGAUUGGUUUGGAGAUGGAGCUGGUGGUGCCCAUUCUCGAAAUGCUGAUCGUUCUGUUCUUUCUAAAUUUCUACAAGCUCAUCCCGCAGACUUCUCAACCACUAAAUUGCAGGAAAUGAUCCGCUUGAUGAAGCAAAGACAUUUUCCAGCUGCAUUUAAGUGUUAUCAUAAUUACCACAAAAUUGAGUCCCUUUCAAGUAAUAAUCUUUACUUUAAGAUGGUUAUCCAUGUGCACAGUGAUUCUGUUUUUGCGACGCUAUCACAGGAAAUGAGGAAAAACCAAGGAUUGUGGCCACUGUACAGGGGAUUUUUCGUCGAUGUUAAUGUAUUUAAAGUCAACAAAGAGAAGGCUGCAGAGGUAUCAAAGGACAGUAACUCACUUCUUAAAAAUGUCAACGGUACCCAUGAUUCUAGCUCGUCAGUUGAUGGUCUCGCUGAUGAGGAUGCAAAUUUAAUGGUGAAACUAAAAUUUUUGACAUAUAAGUUGCGCACAUUCUUAAUCCGGAAUGGUUUAUCUAUACUUUUUAAAGAUGGCCCAUCAGCUUAUAAGACAUACUAUUUGAGGCAAAUGAAAAAUUGGGGCACUUCAGCUGUUAAGCAGAGGGAGCUUAGUAAAAUGCUGGAUGAAUGGGCUGUUUAUAUUCGACGAAAAUGUGGAAACAAACCCUUGUCUUCGUCCAUAUAUCUUAGUGAACUUGAACCUUUUCUUGAGCAAUAUGCUAAACGCAGUGCCGAGAACCGGGCUUUGGUAGGAGCUGCUGGGAAUCUUGUUAGUUCUGAGAACUUUUUGGCUAUAAUUGAAGGAGGUAGAGAUGAAGAAGGUGAUCUACAUCUAGAGGCAGCGAUUCCUCCUCCUGCCAGUUUGGACAGUGUCCCGAAACAUGAGGGUCUUAUUGUAUUCUUCCCAGGUAUACCUGGCUGUGCCAAGUCAGCUUUAUGCAAAGAAAUAUUAAAUGCUCCUGGUAGUUUUGGUGAUGAUCGUCCUAUCCACAGUAUGAUGGGUGAUCUUAUUAAAGGAAAAUACUGGCAAAAGGUUGCUGAUGAGUGCAAGAAAAAGCCUCAAGCCAUAAUUCUAGCUGACAAGAAUGCACCGAAUGAAGAAGUGUGGGGACAAAUUGAGGACAUGUGCAGGCGGACAACAGCCUCUGCUGUUCCUGUUAUACCAGAAUCUGAAGGCACAGAUUCAAAUCCAUUUUCUCUUGAUGCACUGGCUGUUUUUAUGUUCCGUGUUCUUCAACGAGUCAACCAUCCGGGAAAUCUUGACAAAGGUUCACCAAAUGCUGGCUAUGUUCUGCUUAUGUUUUACCAUCUUUAUGAGGGCAAGAACCGCAAGGAGUUUGAAGGUGAACUCUAUGAACGUUUUGGAGCAUUGGUCAAAAUGCCUUUGCUCAAGAUGGAUAGGAAACCACUACCCAACUCUGUAAAAGCAAUAUUAGAGGAAGGCAUUAAUCUUUAUAGGCUUCACAGCAGCAAGCAUGGAAGGUUGGAACCUUCUAAAGGCACUUAUCGAAAAGAAUGGACUGAAUGGGAGAAACGUUUGCGGGCAGUUAUGUUUAAAAAUGCUGAUUACCUCAAUUCUGUUCAGGUACCAUUUGAUCUUGCUGUCAAACAAGUCAUGCAGCAGCUCAAGGAGGCUGCCAAAGGCGAGCAUAUGACCCCAGAUAGUGGGAAGAGGAGGUUUGGCAACAUUGUUUUUGCAGCAGUUACGUUGCCUGUAACAGACAUUAAACUCACCCUUAGCAAGGUAGCUAGUAAGGAUCCCAAAGCCGAAGCAUUUCUUGAAAGCAUACGCCUAGAGGACAACCUUCAAAAGGCUCAUGUUACUCUAGCUCACAAAAGAAGCCACGGGGUCACAGCUGUGGCAAGCUAUGGCGUCUUUCAAGAUCAGGAAGUUCCAGUUGAUUUCACCGCUAUGUUCUUCACCGACAAAAUGGCUGCCCUAGAAGCAAGAUUAGGAUCAGUUAACGGAGAAAAGGUAGUGUCCAAAAAUCAAUGGCCUCAUGCCACGCUUUGGACCGCACCAGGCACAGCAGCGAGAGAGGCUAAUGCUUUGCCAGAGCUUCAUUUAGAAGGUAAAGCAACACGAAUAGAUAUUGAUCCGCCUAUUACUGUAUCAGGAGUGUUGGAAUUCUAUUGAAAUUUUCCUUUCCCCCUCUCUUUCUUUCUUUCUUUCUCUUUUGUUAUUGGAAAACCAUUCACGAUGUAAAGGCUGUGAUAAAAACCAAUCAAGAUGUAGAGGCUGUGAUACUUGAGUUGUAGAGUUGUGAAAUUUUGAGGGAGUUAGAGGAGAAUGUCUGCAAGCAAUAGUUUCUUUCAUCACGUAUAUAUGAUACUUAAAAGUUUUGAGGGUUAA